UUGUUAUUGUGAUCAAAUAAACUACUGCAAAAUUUGAGCUUAUGUCACUGUGUGUGACUACAAAUCUAGCACCGUACAUCGUAAGAACUAGGCCCUACUUUCGUGUUUAAAUUGAGACUUAAGACUAAGAAACAAAAAGAGAGCUAGAUCUAGUCUAUCUCUUUUCAUGUAAGUAUCAACACCACACCAAUAAUUUUUACACAAUUUCAAUUUGAAUUUCUCAAGUCUGUACUUUGUAACUCACUCACUCACUGAACUUGAAGUCACUGUAGUAAGAGUCUGUAGUACUUUUCAUUAAGGGUAAACAAGCACCACUAUUAAAAUGGGAAAUAUAGUAGGAAAAGCCAUGGAUGAGAAUUUAAAGAAAAACCAGGAGUUUAUGCUGAAGACACAGCAAUUGCAGCUAGAACGUCAGCUAGCUAUGCAGAAUGAAAUCAGGGAGAGACAGAUGGCAGCCAUGAUAGCUAAAUCUCGGGAUGUGUUUUGGUUUUAUACUACAUUUGAAACUUUAUUUUCAACGGGUCUAACAUUAGGAGCUCUUCGCACUAAAAGGUACAGCUUGCUUGUGCCGAUAAUACCUCUCAGCUUUAUCUUUGCUUACCAGUGGGACUUGGCUUAUGGAAGCAAGCUAACAAGAAUUAGAGAAAUGGCUGACAGAAUCAUAGACGAGGAACAUCAUUUGCUGGAGCUGCCUCAUGGUCUGCCAACAUUUUCAUCCGUUGAAGCUGCACGUUUGGCGCAGAAGAAAAACCAGCCUUUCAAACCUGGACAUGACAUUUUUUUGUAACUUGUUGACAUUUAUACAGCAUUAUACAUAAUAAGCAGAUUUAUUUGUUAGAAUCUGACUCCAAACACACUCUUUACUGUAGAUAGGUAUUUAAGUUUACAUAAACUGUGUUUCUCUGUAGAUAGGUAUUAAAGUUUACAUAAACUUGUGUUUCUGUUAGUUGCAAGUUAUUAAUCAAACAUUUUUUCUUGUAUUUGUGCAUUAUUAAAAUUACAUAUCUAUAUAUACAUCAGCAUUGAGAAGUUGUACAAAGUGGUUGGGGUGUCUUGAUAUAGAAAAUGAUUAUGUUGCCAUGUUUAAAUUGUGUAAAUUUCUACAAGUAUACUAAUUAAAUCAUUCUGCAUUCAUUUUUUUUUUUUCUUUUGGAUAAGUUGUUUAUAACUGUGCCAUACAUAAAGCUGUGCUAAAAUCUCUUUCAUGUUAGUGUAUUUAUUUAUGUAUAUUACACUUGCGUUUGGGGAAUAGAAUAUUUUACAUUUACUCUGCACAUACUUAUUUUAGUUUUGAUACUUUUUUUAUUUGAAUUAUAUAUUCUGUAUGCUAGUACAUUUAUUUGUUUCUAAAUAUUUAAUGUUUAACUAUGCCACUCUCUUAGAUUGUCAAAAUUGUCAAAAAAUUAUUUUAUCUUGCUGAUUAUUAAGAUUAAAUCAUCUCUCAAGAUUAGAAGUGUUUAAGUAAUUACUAGUUUGUUGUCUUGUUUUUAAGAAUGUUGUUGCCCAUGACCUUAAAAAAAAGGGUCUGAACAGUCAUUUAGGCUUAAAAAUGUGUCCUUAUGUUAUAAAAUUAAAGCUUUUUAGGUUAAAAAAAAUGGAAGCUUAGAUUACAUUCAUGUAAAGUAGAUAGUGAACAUUGCUUUUCUGGUAUUCUUUUCAUUUAUAUAUUUGAUAAGACUUUUUUUUUAUGAAUCAUACUUGUGAUUGUUGUUUUUUUUUUUGCUUGAUUUGUAUGGUUUUGAAUUAUGUGAAAUACGUUAAUCAUCUACAAAUAAGAAAUUAUAAUAAAUGUAGUUAAUUUUUGUUAAUUUAUUUUUAUGUGUGUUUGUGAUUUACUGUGAUUUAUUUUAAGUUAUAACUGUAAACCUUGUUUAAUGUAGACCAUGGGUCAAUAAAAUAUUAUACACAAUU